AAAUUACACGAAAAGCGAUAACGAAGGUAUUUUUCCCUCCUAACAACUCUGGCCACACUAAAAAAAGAAGAAGACAGAAGCGUGGGCAAAUCUGCAAAUUUAAACAAAAUAAGAAUAAUUUUACAAAUCUCCAGCAACAAAACGCAUUCCAAGGCACCACAACGGUUCAGAAUAAUUCUAUACACCAGUGAGCACCUGCCCUAAGUGCUACCAAAGCCAACAACCAAAUAAUACACAGAAGGCGGACGCCAGAAGCACCAAGCCCUACUGACUCAGGAUAAAUUCUUCCAAUUAAACGGUAAAAACCAUUCCCACCAGCUACUAGGGAGAGGCUUAGCAUGAAUCAUAGAAUCUCCAUACCACGCUUCUGCAAAUGAAACAUGCUGCCGCAGCUAAAGCCACUGAAGCUGAGCACCUUCCAGCAUAUCUGGCUGCAUUAGACCCGCCUGGAAUGAGCAUAAGGGAAAGACAUCACUAUAGACCGGAGAACAACAGAGAUCCUAGACUCAAUAAGAAAACAGGAAUAAAUAACGCCAUAUGCUCCCAAUCAACAACGCAAACUGAGGCACAACCAAUAACACAACCAGUUGAAAUGGAUAAUUACAAGGGAAAAGAAAAUAAGAAGGUCAGAGAUUGCACCACCCCUCAAUUUGAUCCCACCAUAAUUCCCAAAGUGGAAGAUACCCCCACCAAGUCAAGAGGAACAGAACUAGAAAGACUGCUACUGACCUCUCCCACUCCUUUCAACAAGAGCGCGAAUCUGUUAAUCAUGCAGUCACUACAAGCCACGUAUAACUCUGGAGGCGGUAAUGGAAACACCAGAAAGCAACUCUUCAAUGACAGUGAUGACGACAGCGAGAGCAACAUACCUUUGCAGCAGCUGGUCUCUGGCAAGAAAAUCAGAGGGCAAAACCUAAAGCGCCUCAAACCCUUGAAGUCGGCAAACAGGCCCUACACCAGAAGAAUCACGGGAGCGAUCAAAACAACUGUCUCCUACGCGGACAAACAGAGGCGCUCUAGAUCUCGGGCACCCAGAACUUCGGAGGAGCUUGAUCUGGCAAACCCUAUAGUUUACGAUGACAACAACAAUAACAAUGAUAGCCUCUGCUCCCUCAGUCUCACGGCGGGCAACCUUCCAUUGGCCCACGGCAGUGACAUAACAACAAACGAAAUGAGGAAGAAUAAAGAGGAGGAUAUGCCCUGCUGCUCAAGCAGCCUAAACCAACAUGCCAUAAGCCCAACACUAACAAAUGAAAAUGCUAUCACAAUCCAGGCCCAGGAGACCCAAAUGCUGCGCACUGCCGAGGAAUCGGAACAGAAGAAGAACAAGGAGCCACCCACCGUUUCCUCACGACGCCAAAGGGCGACUGUACCAGCUAGGCCAACUCACCGAGGAGUUCAUCUGAAAACGAAAGCAGCCCGUGCAGCUACUGGAUCCCAACGCAAGAAGCUGAGCACACCCAAAGUGCACCAUUGUGGAUGCGGCAUCGGUAACAAUGAUGAGGUCAUGCUCGACAACAUAAAAAAAGCCAACAAGGCCAUCAUCAAGAUAAUAGAAUCUAUAGGCAAAAUACACAGACAAUGCAGAGAAACUAAUGACAAUAUUGAAAUUAACUAUCUAAGAAACCCCCAAUAGAAAUGGGAAUCAGUAAAACCAAUGAAAAUGCUCUUUAAUUUACUGACUUAAACAUUUAGCAUAAGAAACAAGCUUCAUUAAUCUUAACGAACUUAUCAGUUCAUUAUAUAUUAUGCCCAAAAUACAUAUCUGUUUUUGAAUAAACCUCUUUAUGUUUAAAACUAAGGGAAAUACAAUAAUAAAACCCUAUACUUGCUGUGCAAGACACCUUAUCUCACUAUGUAAAAGAAACAUACAUACAUACAUAAAUAUAAAACAAAAUCAAUAAACGAACACGUCAGCCUUAUUCAAAUAUUACUCAAUCUACGCCUAACUAAGGGAGGGAAGCCUUCACGGCACUUGAAACAAAUAAUGCUA